UUCGACACAGGCGAGGCGGAUGAGGAGACAAUUUUGACGGGCUUUGGACAAUUGACCGUUUUCACAGUGAUACGGAUACGUUUCUACCUGGUCCGACAUAUCUUUUCUGAGGAUUCCGUGUUUCGUGACCCUAUUCCGGUGAAAUCACCUCUUCUCGCUCAGUCUGCAGAUAUCGCCGCCUCCAAAACUCACAGUCUCAAGAGUCCGACUAUGCGCAAAGCACAAGAGCCGGAGGCAGGGUUCACGUGGCAGAUGAGGCUUUGGGACAUUUUUCAGAGCUCUUGUACUCGCCAAAAACCAACCAGCAGGGAGAAGAGUCUGGUCAAAAGUGGACUACUUGAAGUUGGGAUUCGGCCCAUAAUCAUCCAAACCUGUCAGGCUGGGUACUUGGGCAUGUCAGCUGACAGAAAGCCUCAAGAACUCAUCGGUCGGGGAGGCGAGGAGGCGGGGGUCAAACGCUUCUGCUACCCAAAGAGUACAUGUCAGGGUACUUAA